UUGUCCUCCCUGCAUCUUGCACAUCUAGACCCUUCUUCGGCUCAAUUCUACACAUCCACCGGCGUGGCGUACCAGAAUCAUGGCUUAGCGGGCUUUAAAUCAACCUUGAGCUGCAUGGACAGCGAAAAUUCCACCGCACUUUUCGCUUUCUCGAUCAUUACCAUCAUCCUAGCUUUGGCAGUCUCGGUGACGACUCCGGAGGCUCCUGAGUCCACCCCAUCAGAGGCUCUACAAUCGGUUGUCGAGCUACUCAGAGGCGUUGCUGUCAUCAUCGACACAUCGCAGGAGGGUAUUCGCUCCGGCAUAUUCGGGGUACUACUCGAGCCUGAGAGAGGGCCAACUUCGAAUCACGAUUUCCUACAACGGGAGGAGCUCGAAAGCGCAAUGGCACGCUUGGUCCACAGGUCUGACCAACUGUCGAAAUACGUCGGGCCGCUGCAGCAGCAGUUGUACAUUUCUUGCAUUCACAGCCUUCAAAAUGCCUUUGAUCAUGUGAUGGCAUAUCACAACAUCUCCAUGGUUCUGGCCUGGCCAGUAACCAUAAGCAAGAAGCUGAUGGAGCGGUUUCAGCAAAAGGACCCGAUGGCACAGCUGAUUUGGAUGCACUAUGGGGUGCUGCUUCUGGCCAUUAACAAUCGAUGGUGGGGGAAGGGGUUUGGUGCACGCCUGAUAGACAAUGUUUCCGAAACGCUUCACGCUAUUGACGAGGAGUGGACUAUCUACACGCAAUGGGCACGAGACUGCGCCAAAGCGGUGAUGGAACAG